AUGGUUUCCGCGCUUCGUGUGUUUGGGACCAGUUCCCGUUAUGCCACAAGAUUCGUCUCGACCUCGAGAGUUCUUAGCCAAGAGGCCAAGAUCGUGAAGGAGGCCUCUCCAAUUGCCGCUGCGCCAAUUUCUCCUCCUCCUCCACCACCACCAAAGGGAGGCCGUAUUCGGUCCGUCUUCAAGUGGACCUGGAGGGCUGCCUUGCUGUCUGCCCUAGGAGGAACCGCUUAUGUCGGCUACCAAGUUUACAAGGAAGCCCAUCCUACGGAACAGAUCCCUCAAAGUGAUCUUAAGCCCAACGGGAACAAGCGCAAGACAAUUGUCAUUCUUGGUUCUGGCUGGGGUUCCAUCACCACCUUGAAGCAUCUCGACACCAGUCUGUACAACGUGAUCAUUGUUUCGCCCAGAAACUACUUCUUGUUCACCCCGCUGCUUCCUUCUGUGCCAACUGGAACCGUUGAUGUCAAGUCUAUCACUGAUCCGGUCCGCACCGUUGCCCGUGCUACCCCAGGCCAGGUGCUGUAUCUGGAGGCCGAAGCUACCGACGUGGACCCAGUCUCCAAGAAGGUCACCAUCAAGCACAAGUCCAACUCCAUGACCUUUGGAGAAGCUAUGAUCAAUGAGGAAGAGCCAAUCAUCACCACCGUAGACUACGACUACUUGGUGUUCGGUGUUGGUGCCCAGACAACCACUUUUGGAAUCCCCGGUGUGGCCGAAAAUGCCUCCUACCUGAAAGAGGCCCACGAUGCCGUUGUGAUCAGACAAAAGAUCUUCAACUCAAUUGAGGCUGCGCAAUUGCUGCCAGUGGGCUCCGAGGAAAGAAAAAGACUGCUUUCCGUGGUCGUGUGCGGAGGAGGUCCAACAGGUGUUGAGCUUGCUGCCGAGGUUAAGGACUACAUUGACCAAGACCUGUCCAGAUGGCUGCCUGGUAUUGAGAAGGAGAUGACUGUGACCUUGGUAGAGGCUCUUCCCAAUGUUUUGAACGCUUUCAACCAGAAGCUGAUCAAGUACACCGAGGAAGUCUUCAAGAGACAGGAGCUUGACCUGAGGACCAACACCAUGGUCAAGAAAGUUGACAGAAAGAACGUGUAUGCGGUUCACAAGAAUGCCAGUGGUGAGCAGGAAAGUAUCGCUAUUCCUUACGGAACACUGGUUUGGGCUACUGGUAAUGGACCAAGGGAAAUCACCAAGAGCCUGGCCUCGAAGAUCGAAGAGCAAAAGACCGCCAGAAGAGGUCUCUUGAUCGACGCUUAUCUUAAGGUUGAUGGCUCUGAUUCCAUCUAUGCUCUUGGAGACUGUACCUUUACUAAGAACCCACCCACCGCUCAAGUCGCACAUCAGGAAGGUAUCUUUUUGGCCAGCCACUUUGAGAAGCUUUCUAAGAUUGACGACCUACAAUAUUCCAUUAAAACUGAGACCGAGGCUGACAAGUUGGACAAGCUCAACCGUCGUUUGGAGAGAGCCAAGGCGUCCUUGAGACCAUUUGAGUACGUUUACCAGGGUUCUUUGGCCUACAUCGGUACCGAAAGAGCUGUGGCUGACUUGGUUUGGGGUGACUUUUCCAACGUCUCCACCGGAGGAUCUUUGACCUUUUUGUUCUGGAGAUCAGCCUACGUGAGCAUGAUUUUGGGUGUCAGAAGCAAGAUCUUGGUCUGCUUCGAUUGGCUCAAGGUGGGUAUCUUUGGUAGAGAUUGUUCCAAAGAGUAA